ACAUCGAGGAUAUCACUGCACCACCAGGUACUAUGGGUGGAUUGAUGCGCUUCAGCUGUCUAGGUUUUCACUCCUCCUUGUAUCCUUAUCGUCCCUUGGUCAACCGUUAUGCUAGACUGGGUCUUCAUCCUUACAAUAUGAAGGAGGUUACCAACUUCAAGCUCCAUCAUCUGAUCAAAUUCAACUUCCGGUCCAGUGGUGCUUCUUCUUUCCUCAUGACUUUGGCUGCAGUUGAUCCAGUUGCCAAUAGUCUAGUGCAAACCUUUCAGGUUCAAGUUGAUGAAGCGAACUGUGGCUUUUUGGAUGUGAUUUGUUCUAUCUCUAGAAUUAGAGGAGAUACCACCAGUGAGCGCUUCUCGUCUAGUUAUGACAAUGCUCGAUUGCCUGAUUGGCCCUCACAUAAUUUCAUUGAUAGCCAACGGUUUUACCUGGUGCAGGGAUCAGAGUUGCCAUACCCACACUGGAUUUAUUUGUACCUGGAGCUUGCAGUUCUUAAAUAUGAUAUUAGGAUUUCAGAUGUAAAUCUAUCGUUUUCUUUGUUUUUGCAUAUCAAUGCACAUACCACCGAGGGUGACUGUUGGUUGUUGUUGCAGGAUUUUUUUUGGUCCAACUUGGAGAUUGUUCAAGUGGCUAUAGAAACUACUGAGGAGGCGCCGCUCCAGGCCAAAAAUUCAAUCCUCUACAUAACUUUUAAAGGAUUGGCCACUGGUGGUAUUGGCCAGCAUGUCGAACGCAAAGCUAUCAUUAAAAGCUUCUUCAGUGAGCCUUCAGGAUUCUUGUCUCUCAAGGGUCACUUGUGCAAGGAAGAAGAAGAAGAUUUGAGUCAUACAGCCACGAUUAACCGUUUGAGAGAAAUCUCUAGGCGAAAUCGGGAACUGUACUUACGGUCACGCACAACCGUUUAGGAAACUAUGUAUGGUGGAUCAGGUUAAGAUAUGCAGAAGUUUGCUAACGAUUUUUAUUUAAACGG